CUUCACCACCUCAAGCUCUUCUUCUUUUCAUAUCCCCUCCUCCCUUUACAAUUGCUUCUUCAUCCUCUUCUUUUUCUUUUCUUUCUUCUUCUUUCUUCUUCUGCUUUCUUUUUCUCUCUCACUUUCAUUUGCCCUUGCCAUCAUUCCAUUCUUCUUCCUCCCCUCUAUCCCUCGAUACCCGUUUUGGUUGCUGGAUUGAUUCCACCCAUUCCGAUUCCAAAACGCCCUGGUCCACCACUCACGAUUCUUCCUGCGCGUCCAUUCCUCUUCCAUCUUCAUCCUUGUCGAGAACGGCGAACCCCAGCCCUUUGAGUUUUCCUCCAUCCUCUCCACUGCUCGACCGUCCUUUCUCUUUCUCUCCUUCUCCCCUCCAUCUCUCUCUUUCGUUCGCCAUUUCUGCCAUCCUGACUCCGUUCGUCUCUCUCCCCUCGAUUCGCUCAAGGGGUUAGAGAUUCGAUUUGACCCGGGUAUGCACAAGAUCUCCAACUUCACGGGCCAGGCCCGUCAUGGUUGGGAGCGAAUGACACCGACCUUUGGGAUGUCGCGCCCUCACUCCGAGAUGGCCUCACACUCCCUCCGCCGGCCCCAUGGCGCUCCUCCUCCCAUGACUCCACCUACCGGCGUCGACCCGACGGUCAACCUCUCCUUCAAUGUCCCCUUCUCUUCCACCCUUGCCGGCCCGGAAGCUGAUGACGUGCUGCAUGCGAGCCCCGGCGCCCUCCAACGCUGGUCAUUUCCCGAAGGUACCCCCGAAGGUACUCCUGUCCACCAGCUGCCGGUCCACACGAGCAACAUCGAAGCUUUACGGAGACUGUGUCGUCAAAUUACGGAGAGCAGCAAUGGGAGAGCCGAGGCAGUCAUUACAUCUUCCGAGCCUAAAAUCGUCCCAUCUCUACAACGGCGACCCCAAGGACUAGCUACCAACGUUUGUAUUACCGGCGAUGGAGAGACCGUGCGAAAAUUGCGAGCGAAGAUCUUAAAUGAGACGCCAAUCUUGUUGCGAUGUGCGACCGUUGACGUUGAUAUGCAUCUUGUUGUGGAUGGCACCACCAAGGGGGUUCGGCCGAGUGUCCUAGAGCACCUCGACACUCUCGCUGCCUACACCGGUACGGACAUCUUCCUGCUCAGCCCCAAGCUUCGCGAUACGGAUAGUGCGGUUGUGUCCUCGUAUGGUUACGCCUCGGAUAAUGGGUUGGACCAGCGCUUCCGGGUUUCUAUCUAUGGAGAUAUGGAGAGUACCGAACAUGCUAAGACUAGAGUCCUAAUCAUGAUCGAUCAAAUUCUUAAACGUCAUGUGGACGCUAUAAAGUUGGAACUUACCAUGCAUACCCUGGUCUGUGGCCGAACUCGAAAGAAUAUCAAACUCAUCGAAGCCGCUACCGGCACAGCGAUCUAUUUUCCGCCUCCAUUUCCGCGCAUUUUUGGCUACACUCCCCCAGGCGCUCACCGUCGUAGCGAGGAUGAGGUUUACAUCACUGGUGAAGCCCAAGACCAGAUUACUCGCGCGAAACAGAAACUGAGGGAGCUAGUCAUGGGGGUCAAGAUCUACGUCAAGGAUGUCAUGGUCAACUCCAACAAAAUUGACAAUAUUCUACUUGAUCGUCUGGACAAAGUUCGGAAGGUGAUGGAGAUGAAUGGCUCCUACGUCCUCUUCCCUCAACUAGGUAGCCAACGGGGCCUCGUUCGUAUUCAAGGAACCGAAGUUCUGCAUGUUGAGCGCACCGUGAGGGAGAUUAUGGCCUUGGCUGGUCAAUUCUACAGUGCCUCCUGGUGGAUUAUUGUCCCCGACCCAUCCCCCGGCGCAGCCCGCACUCCAUCUCCCGUAGAUAUUCGGACAAUGCUGUCUGAUAUCUGCACCCACUCUGGGGCUGAGGUCAGUUUCGACAAUUUGACGUUCACUAUCAACGGAUCCGACGACGCCGUGAAAGCGGCCAUGAUGGUCAUUAACCAGAUCCCUUUUGUCCAACGCAGCCAGUACCAGAUGCGCGUGAAGAUUGAAUUGGCAAAUGAGCACAAGGAGUUCGUUAGCGGCAAGAAGAACGGGAAGAUUAACAAGAUAAUGGGUCAAAGCAACGUACAAAUCAUCUUCGAUGGUUUCAAUGAGUACAACUUCUACAUCGAUGUGUGCGGAAACCAGUAUGAGUCCACGAAGAAUGGCUUGGACCUGGUUGAACAAGAAAUGCCUGCUUCAAUCUCUUUCCAUGUUCCCGACCAAUACCACAAACGCAUCAUUGGCAUCGGAGGCCAGCACAUCCAGCGUAUUAUGAAGAAGUACUCUGUCUUUGUGAAGUUCUCCAACGCCAUGGAUCGUGGUGGCAUGGGUAAGGAAGACGAUGACAUCAAAGUUGACAACGUCAUUUGUCGGACGCCUGCCCGUAACGCUCAAAGUCUGGAUCUUGUCAAGCAGGAGAUCAUGGACAUGGUUGAGAAAGUGGAUGCCGAGUAUGUUUCCGAGCGUGUUGUGAUCAACAGAUUGUAUCAUCGUGAAUUGCUAGCUCGGAUUUCAGAGAUUGAUGAGCUUGAGAAGAAAUGGAACUGCAAGAUUGAAUUCCCUAGCACUGAACUUGCAAGCGACGUCGUGACAAUCUCUGGGCCUGAAUAUCAGGUCCCGCAAGCCGUCGACGCCUUGCUGGGAAUGGUUCCGGAAAGCCACGAACUUCUCUUCCAGAGCUCCCCUGAGUUGCGAGAGUUCUUCCACGGCGCCGACUUCCGCCAGGAUGUUUGCGCCAAGUUGAAGGAGCAGUACGAGGUUGAUACCACUGUGGAUAUUAGCAAAGAAAGCCCUGUGCCCGAAGGAGGCACAGCUUCGCCCACCUUUGGCCCUGAAGACCGUGUUGUACUCGGGUACACGCGCAAUAAUGCAGGUGGACUCAAGGAUGCAAUUGAUUUCCUGAUUUCCCGACUGGUUGCCCAUGGCCUCGAUGCAACUACUGUCAAAGGCGCUAUUCCACGGCCCAAGUCGGAUUCGUUUGAGGAGUCUCUGCCCUUCUUCGACUCGAAGCUGUUGCAGCACGCACCCACUCCCAUUGCAACAGAUUCCCCAACUCGGCCUAGCUUUACUGACGAGACAAGCGAACGUGGUUCCAUCUUUGAGCGACUUCGCAAACCUGGUAGCAUUUCCUCUUUCUCCUCGUUUAUCGGCCGCAAAAACCACUCGGCCUCCCCCGCUUCAUUCUUCAAGCACGCCUCGAGUAAUGCCUCAAAGGCAUCUCUGGUUUCCAUGGAGUCCCGAGACAGUGGUUACCGCAACCCGUGGAACGACUCGGGCGUGAACCUCGCCGAGGACGAUUUGCCCGUCCUUGGGAGCUCCCAUAGCCACAACAGCAGCAAUGGCUGGCCCGCGCGCUUUGACACGAAAUUUCCAUUCGGUACCGCGCCGGGGGACAUGACUCCCAAGCAUGACCUCCGCGCGUCUUUUGAUAGUGGUCGUCCUAGCACUUCCAAUUCUACUUCUGGAUACCCGGCCCCCAUCGGGCCACCGCGUUAAAAAAAAUCAAUGUCAAUUUGCAGCAGUAUACCCCAAGAGAAUU